AGGUACUUGUGAUUUCUAAAGAUCGAAAUAAUAAACAUGAGUGGAUGUGUCGCGCGCAUUAUAAUAUAGACAUCCUGUAAAGUUUUUCUUUCUAAAUGAAUAACAGCGAUGAUGAGAUGGAAGAAGAUGACACUGAAUGGAGCAAAAGUUUUGUGGAUUCUGAAGCUUUCGCCCCCUCCGCCCCUUUAUCCGGUUCAAGCAUGAAUAUGACACCACGACCUACACGAAAAGUCAUUCUGCAUUUUGACCUGGACUGCUUCUAUGCUCAAGUGGAAAUGAUCAGAAACCCAGCCCUGAGGCUCGUGCCUUUAGGUAUUCAGCAGAAAUACAUCGUAGUCACCUGCAACUACGUUGCAAGGGAAAGGGGUGUCAACAAGCUGAUGUCCAUCACUGACGCUAAGGAGAAAUGCCCAGAUCUUGUGCUGGUCAAAGGGGAAGACCUGACACACUACAGAGAGAUGUCCUACAAAGUGACAGGGCUGCUGAUGUCCUACUGUCCGCUGGUAGAGAGGCUUGGAUUUGAUGAAAAUUUCUUAGACGUCACAGAGAUGGUGGAAAGGAGGCUUGACCAGACUGUGGACCCUGACAGCUUCUCAUUUAAGGGCCACGUCUACAAUCAUUUCGGUGCAGAUGUGAGGGCCUGCGACCACCCGAGGCUGGCUUUGGCGUCACACAUUGCCGCAGAGCUGAGGGAAGCCAUCCACAGCGAGCUGGGCCUGACCGGCUGUGCUGGUGUUGCUACAAACAAGCUGCUUGCCAAACUGGUCUCAGGCACCUUCAAACCCAAUCAGCAAACUGUUCUGCUGCCCGAAAAUGUGAAUGACAUUAUGGGAAGCCUGAGUGGACUCCGAAAAGUACCAGGGGUGGGUCACCAAACGGCAAAGAAACUUCAAGCUCUGGGAUUAGUCAGCGUGAAAGACCUACAGCUGUGCCCUCUGAAUGACUUGGUUAGAGAGUUUGGAGGUCCCACCUCUCAACGUUUGAAGAAUUUGGCUCUCGGUAUUGAUGACUCUCCCGUUACCCCCACUGGGGCCCCUCAGUCUCUCAGUGAUGAGGACUCCUUCAAAAAAAUGUCCUCAACCACAGAGGUUUUGGAAAAGAUUCGGGAACUCUUGACCAGUCUGGGGGAAAGGAUGCACAAAGAUGGCCGGCUGCCCCAAACGUUCCGGCUGACCAUCCGGAGGUACUCAGCCACCAACAAGUGGUUCAGCCGGGAGAGCCGGCAGCUCCCCAUCCCCAUCCACAUCGCACAGAAAAUGACUUCGGGCAGCACUGAAGACGCUGUGGUGCAGCUGGUCCCACUGGCCAUGAAACUCUUCCACAAAAUGGUGGACAGCAACGCCGCCUUCCACCUCACGCUCAUUAACGUCUGCUUCAGUAAUCUGCAGACCCGAGCGGCUGCCGUCAGCGGGAAGGGCGCCAUAACAUCGUUCUUCUCACAGAGCAGCCCUCCUAAAAAAAAACAACUGGAGGAUUCCUCUCAGGAUGCCAGGAGGCGCUGCUUGGAUGAAGGUGAAGUUGGCGUACACAACACAAACAGAGGGAAAGUCACCACACAAAGCUCUUUUAGCUCAGCGGCUGCAUCGCAGGGGGUCGAGCAAAAACAAAGCUCCCUCCAUGCAGCAGAAGAGGAACAGAGAGAAUCGGGAUGUUUCCUGAAAGAAACAAAUAAUUUAGCGUCAGUUCGACUGCCACCAAACGUGGACCCCGAGGUGUUCGAGCUUCUCCCAGAGGAAAUCCAACAGGAGCUGUUAGCUACUGCCCACCUGCACACAAAGUCCAGUGUGCUCAGCAGCCCCUCGUUUGCUGAUGAUCCCUUUACGCCGAAUAUCAAUCCGCCGCGGCCAUCGACAAACUCUCCACCUACCGAAAAGACUAAAAAUGCUGCAAAGACAUUAGAUAUAUCCCACAGAGCAACCAGCCCGAGUCCCCAGUGGCCUGCGGGCAUAAGCGGAGUUCAAAGAGACAGCACCACAGAGCAGGGAAAACCCUCAAGCCCUCAGUCUUCUGGCUGUGAUUUCCCUGGAAACGUGGACCCCGCGGUGUUUUCUGAGCUUCCGUACGACGUUCAAAGGGAGCUGAUGUCUGAAUGGAAGCGGGAGAGGCCGGUUCAGAAGACCCCGUCCUCCAGGAAACCGGGAAGAAACGUGAUGGCCAAAGAGAGAGACAGGAGGGCUGCAGGGAGAAGCAGCCAGGCAAAUAACUUGCUCAACUACUUCAAACCCAGUUAGAGAAAGAUGGCGAUAGCCUGGCUGUGUUAUCUGUGUUUUUGUACAAUUGUGUUAUUUCCUCUAAGAAAAAAAUCUUGUUUAGCUCUUUAUUCUUUCCAUUUGAUAAAAACUAAAUAAAAUAAACUGUGACUGUGUC